AUGUGUGCGUAUGGCAGGGCUGACCUCUAUGCUCUGAAAGUAGGUUUGACCCCACUCCCUGCCAUCCGUCUAUCUUUAGGUGUCUUUAAAAGGAGGCAUGACAAAAAGACGAAUCAUAACUUUCGCAGAACAUCCGAAGCUCUGGGCAAGCAGGUAAUUUCCGAAAGACCGGCUCUAAGUUCCCAGGUUCUAUCCACUCUUUUUGAUCGCGCAUACUCUGAAGAUGCAGACAGCGUCUUAGAAUCAGAGUUUGUAAGCGAUCUUGCAAAUAAUCAGGAGACACACCAGGAUCAUGCAGAAUCAGAGUUUACAAACGAUGUCCAGGAGUAUCCCAGAAAAAACCGCCUUUCACUAAAUAAAAAAAGAAGUGACUCUGAAGCUACAAGAAUAUCCCCUCAACCGGCGAAUGCAGCUGUGACACUUUCCGUUCAUACAGGAGUCCAGACCUUAGCCCUGAACGAAGACGAUAUCAUUGACAUUUCAUCUGACUCAGAAAACGAGUCUGAUCUGCAUUCAGCGCAGAGGUCUGAUUCUGCUCGUACCAUUCAUAGAGAAGUGCAGACCGCAGUCCUGAACGAGAACGAAAUCAUUCUCAUUUCAUCUGACUCAGAAAAUGAACCUGACCCACAUUCAGAGCAGAGGUUCGAUUCCGGACCACUGACCCCGCCUCAGUCGCCACAGCAAGAAGAAGUUGCACGAAGGCCAGAACCCGAACAGGGACCAGAACCCGAACAGGGACCAGAACCAUCACCUCAGAGGGCUGCUGAUUCUCCCCGCCUAUCUUUGAGCGCCAGAGAAAUACGAAAGAGGAUUUCAGCAGAAAAUCUGCAAGCAAGAAUUGUUUUGCUGGACGGAUUGAUUAAAGAAUCGUUCCUACUGUUGGAGCAACGUCCUGCACACAGAAGAGGGUUGGGUCGCAACAGAGACAAAGUUAAAAUCCUGCUACGAGCCAUCAGAACAGUGCUGCAUAAUGUUUCCUCUGAUGCAAAGGUGAUUGUGAAAUGAUUCAUGUAUGAUUUCAUGUAUGAUUUGUCUCUUAUAACUCAGUAAAAAUGAAUGAUCAAGAAGGUAGAAUUGAAUUAUCUCAAUCUGAUUAUUCUCAGCAAAUUGCAAACAAUAUUCAAACUCUACAAACACUCGCAUCAGCAUUGAGUACUGGGGAAAAUAACCCUUCACAGAGUCCUGCUCACAGCCCUGCUAGAUUCCCUGAUUUAAAUCCGUCUGCAGUGUCAAAUUAUUUCCGACGGAUCGACGAUGCACUCCGCGGUCUAAUUGAUUACAUUUCACCAAUAAACUCACCCAUUGGCUCACCCGCUGCCUCAUCAGUGUUGAAUGAAAGUUUUCAAAAUACAGAAUCUCAAUCAGAUUAUUCUCAACAAAUUGCUAACAAUAUUCAAACUCUACAAACACUUGCAUUAGCAUUGAGUACUGGGGAAAAUAACCCUUCACAGAGUCCUGCUCACAGCCCUGCUAGAUUCCCUGAUUUAAAUCCGUCUGAAGUGUCAAAUUAUUUCCAACGCCUUGAAGAUGCACUCCGUGGUCUAAUUGAUUACGUUUCACCAUUAAACUCACCUAUUGGCUCACCCGCUGCCUCAUCAGUGUUGAAUGAAAGUUUUCAAAAUACACAAUCAGGGUUACCAUCUGAAGCAGUUUCUGAGACAGAUGAUGAAGAUGAUGAUGAGGAUGAAGCACAGCAACACGGAGGUAGUCUAAAUACAGAUCAGAGGGUUGAACGUCAGCGCUUCAAUAACAUUGAAUUAAGGAGAUCAUUAUCAAUCCCACCUCCAACUCAUGGCAUACCCGAUAUUGCAGAAUUCUACACAGCAGUCAUGAAUAUUUUAACUGAUUUGGCUGACGCUGCAAGUUCUAUAGCUGCACGUAAUGAUGUCCUGCAGUUAGAAUUAGUGGGGGAUAAUAUUUCUCAUCAUAUAACUGUUUCUGUUACUGACAAUGAUGCAAUCCUGCCUGCGUUUGAGGAAUUUUUAGAUGAGCUGGUUCAAUCUAACGCAGAGCUGCCUUCAGAAAGUAACUUAGAGCUGGUUCUGCAGAUAGUUACGAGUCCCACUGGCGGGGGAGGUACCAAACGCAAGGCUGAAAGAACAUUGGAAUGUGAAUUAAUAAAAAAGAAGAGGCGUCACCUGUAUAUUGUACAAAAUACCGGUAACCAACUGUGUUUUGCAAUCAGUCUCGCACAUCUCGCUCAUCCUGAAUUUACAGAUAAACAAGCUUUCGAACAGGGGAGAAACUGGCAGCAUCAAGCGGGUCUAUCUGAUCAGACACCGGUUACAUUCAGCGAUGUUGCUAAGUUUGAAAACAUUCUACAAAGAAAAAUUGUAGUGUUUCAUCGAACCUCAAACAAUAGGGCUUUCUCUAAAUUUGAAACAGAUUUCCAAAAUCGAUCAAAUCCUUGCUUUCUACUCCUCCAUAAUAAUCACUUCUAUGGCAUUAAGAAUCUUGCUGGUUUCACUGGAUCAAGAUACAUCUGCAAAUUUUGUUACAGCAGUCAUAAUAAUUCUAACACCCACCACUGUCAAGGCUUUUGCGGUGUCUGCUGCAGUUACACUUGCACACACCUUCAGUACAAACCGUUAAAAUGCAGCGACUGUAACAGAAUCUGCCGAAACUCAACGUGUUUCGAUAGACACAAAGAACCUCGUGCUGAAAUGCUUGUGAGUAAUUGUGAAAUGAUCAAAUAUUGUUCUACCUGUAAAAGGUUAUAUUACGUUCCCAUAACCAAGGAGAAAACUUUACACGUAUGUGUAUCUAAAUGUGCAAUAUGCGGUGAAAAAAAUCUACCUCCUGGUAUGGAUGUAACGCUUAAUGAACACCAAUGCUACAUUCAAACCAGCGCUACUGAUCCCGAACUUCAUGACAAACUUGUGUUUUACGAUUUCGAAUCCUUUUUUGAUCAGAGCGGCGCACAUAAGCCCUUUCUAGUCUGUUCAAAAACAGUGAAAGGUGUUGAAUGGCAUGCUUAUGGUCUGGAUUGUGCACAGCAAUUUCUUCUGCAUUUUAGAAGACCUUUGUACAAAGGGUUUGUGUUUAUCGCUCACAACUCACGCGGGUACGAUAGUUAUCUAAUCCUUAAUGCGAUGGUGCAGUUAGGAAUAAAACCUCAUCUAAUCAUGCAGGGAGGAAAAGUUCUUUGUUUCACGGAUUUGGACUACAAUCUGAAAUUUAUCGAUAGCCUGUCAUUUCUGACCAUGAAACUGAGUGCCAUUCCGAAAGCGUUAGGAUUCACAGAUUCUUCAAAAGGCUAUUUCCCGCACCUUUUUUCGGCUGAAGAGCAUCUCAAGUAUGUGGGCGUGUUUCCUCCUUUAGAUUCUUAUGGGAUCAAACAUAUGAAUCCUGAUGAGCGACAGAAAAUUACUGAUUGGUACAGAGAAGCAUCCAAAGGCAUUUUUGACUUUGAGAAAGAAUCCCUGCAUUAUUGCAAAAAUGAUGUGGACAUUCUUUUUAAAGGUUGUGUUAAAUUCAGAGAGGAGUUCUUUAAGGAGACGAAUGUCGAUCCGUUUAAGAGCAUCACAAUUGCAUCCG